AUGGAAAUUGAUUUGUUUAAGAAGAUAGAAGAAUUUAAAUUCAUAAGGAAUGUGAAAGCAGGUGAUGAAAUCAUAGAAGAAGGACGUAGGUGUAUGAAUAUACUGAAUAACAAGGCAACAACUGAUGGAAAACUGUAUAAAGUGGGAAGAAUUUUAUUCAAUUUUUCCAAAACACUUCAAUACAGACCAAUGGUACAUGAUAUUGUGAUAGGAAGAGUGUUUGCUAUUCAAAACGACUAUUANUAUUGA